AUGAGUUCGUGCAGCAGCCGUGCGUUGACCAUCCUGUCCACAGUGUUUGGGGCCUGCGGGCUGCUGCUGGUGGGGGUGGCCGUGUCCACAGACUACUGGCUGAUCAUGGUGGAAGGCAUCAUCCUACAGCAGAACCAGAGCAUGGAGGUGAAGAUGGCGCUGCACUCAGGCCUCUGGAGAGUUUGCUUCGUUGCUGGAUCAGAAAACGGGAGAUGUGUGGCGUCAGAGUACUUCACUGAACCCGAUAUAGAGAUCACCACUGAAAACACGGCAAAUAUCCUCAAGAUGGUGCGGACGGCCACGCCCUUCCCGAUGGUGUCGCUGCUCUUUGUCUUCACGGCCUUCGUCAUCAGUAACAUUGGACACAUCCGGCCUCAGCGCACCAUCCUGGCCUUUGUGUCCGGCAUCUUCUUCAUCCUUUCAGGCCUCAGUCUGGUGGUGGGCCUGGUGCUCUACAUCUCCAGUAUUAAUGAUGAAGUGAUGAACCGACCCAGGGAGCCCGAGCAGUUCUUCAACUACCACUAUGGCUGGUCCUUCGCCUUCGCUGCCUCUUCGUUCUUACUCAAAGAGGGGGCCGGGGUGAUGUCAGUCUAUCUGUUCAUGAAGCGCUACGCAGAGGAAGAGAUGUACCGCCCCCACCCAGCGCUCUACCGCCCCCGCUUGUCCGAGAGCAGCGACUACAGCGGCCAGUUCCUCCACCCAGAAUCCUCCUGGCCUCCGCCGAAGAGAGGCCGCAGCACAUCCGAAGCCUCCAGCGACAUCUCCAUCCAGCUCAACCAGGCACCUCCAGCGCCGCCCAAAAGCAAGCUCCAACCGGGCGGCCAGGGCAGCCCGCCUUCUGGGUCUUCCUCUGCAGGAAGCUACCAAAUGCCCCCACAGUCUGCUGGAUACCCCUCCACGCACACCCUGACCAGGUCGCACUCGUCACAUCCCCAAGGCCAGGUUCUUCCCAUGGCCAUGCCUCCAUCACCCGUACCUCCCCCUCAGUAUCACACACACAUGCACAUGAGCGCCUCCCCCUGUUAG